ACCCAACUAACUACCAAUGGCGCGCAAGCUCUGACAGAAGAUAGAAUAAUGGCGGUUCUAACAUUGCCACACUCUCUUCCACUACUACAAUCGGUCAACGGGUUGAAUAACCAAACACGUUGUCAUAACAGCGGUCGUCGAAGGUGUACGGUUGCAUCACAGCAGCAAGAAGUGUGCACCGAAUUCGAGAGAAUAAAGAUUAAUAAAUCUGCGUUAAAGAUAGAAGAAGCAUGUUCAGAAUCCGAGCUUUGGGCCACAUCGCUUCUUCGAGUACGAUCGUUUUAUGAUUUUAAGUCAACGUUUGGUAUCCAAGAUCAUAAAAACUACUUGGCAGAACGCGAGUUCGAAGCUUUGAAAGAACGUGUUGCUGGUACAAAAGAAGGUGAAAAAGUCUCUUGCAUCAAUGCCACAUUACCGUUAUCACAAACAAAGAGUUUCCCAGAAGAGUUAUGUUCUUCAUGUAAGUUUUCACACGAUGGAGAGAAUCGAGUUGUCGUAGGGACACUGGAUCUUAAUCAGUGUUUGAGCCUCCCAAAUGAAAUAACAGGAAUGAGGCCAAAGGGAAUUGGAGGAGAUUUUGCAAGAGCGUAUCUAAGUAACGUUUGUGUUGCCAAAGAAUGCCAAAGGAACGGGCUUGCUUCUCUCCUUAUCGAGAAAUCAAAAUUAGUUGCUCAAGAUUGGGGGAUUAGUGAUUUAUAUGUGCACGUUGCUGUUGACAAUGAGCCGGCCAAGAAUCUGUACAUAAAAUGUGGUUUUGUUUAUGAGAGUGAGGAACCUGCGUGGCAGGCGAGGUUUCUUGAUCGUCCACGAAGGCUACUUCUGUGGAUGGGUCUUCCCAAUAAUUACAAUUGGUAAUCAAACCGUUACGGCUGUAGCCAUAAUGUUUAAGCAUAAGUAUUCGUCUAAAAGUGGUUGUAUUCUCAUAUACAGUUAUUUGUGUAUAAAGUUUGGUAUACGGCCUUAUCGGUUAUUGGUUACAUGUUUA